AGGGGUUAGGGUUUCUCGUGCUUAAAGAGGGUGACCUAGCGCAUUUGUUAAUCGGUCGCCCGCGAGAGAGGAGAGAGAGAGAGGGAGAAACAGAGUUUAAGCAGAGGCGGCAGCAGCAGCCAUGGUGAAGUAUUCAAGGGAGCCGGAAAAUCCCACCAAGUCAUGCAAGGCGAGGGGCUCGGAUCUGAGGGUCCAUUUUAAGAACACCAGGGAGACUGCCUUUGCCAUUAGAAAGUUGCCUUUGGUCAAGGCAAAACGGUAUUUGGAGGAUGUUCUGGCCCAUAAACAAGCCAUUCCAUUCCGAAGAUUUUGUCGUGGUGUUGGUCGAACAGCUCAGGCCAAGAACCGUCAUUCAAAUGGGCAAGGACGCUGGCCAGUGAAAUCAGCAAAGUUCAUUCUGGAUUUGCUCAAGAAUGCUGAGAGCAAUGCUGAUGUGAAAGGUUUGGAUGUGGAUUCUCUUUACAUAUCCCAUGUCCAGGUGAACCAAGCACAAAAGCAGAGGAGACGCACAUACCGUGCUCAUGGGAGGAUCAACCCAUAUAUGUCAUCUCCAUGUCACAUUGAGCUGAUCUUGUCCGAGAAAGAGGAGCCAGUGAAGAAGGAGCCUGAGACUCAGCUGGCCCCUAGGACAUCCAAGAAGGCUCAUGCUUUGCGAAGUGGUGCGUCUUCUUGAAUUGGUAUUUGAGAUGAUGAGCAAUUUUUGUCUCCUGCCAUUUAACGUCUCUUCCUCUUUAAAGACGAUGAUGUUGCUUGUCAUUUGGUGUCUUGUUAUUCAUUGAUGCCAGGACAUGUUUCUUACUGUUGGUUUAUGUUUCAUGGAGUUUUUAUUAUUAGUUAUAACUUAUGUAAACUCGUAUGGAGAAGUUCUUAGACAUUUUAAUGAUAGCAUUGGAGAAAUUUUGUCUUCA